UGACGUGAUUACUAUUCGUAGCAAGACGGAUUCUUGAAAGGCAGCGUUUAACGAAGCUGAUGACACAGUUUUUAGGUUAGACAGUACAUUUAUAAGACAUAUUGUUAAAAUGGUAACAGAUCAAACACAAAUAAAAUAAAAAGUCAUUUUACACAUUCCAUAAGCUUUUACACGUACGAUUUAAAAAACUUGUAAUUAUGAUCAUAAAUCGAUUAAAUUUAAAUCGACGCGGUUUUCAAUUGGUUGAAAACCUGUUAAUCGCCCGGACACAGUGUAUAAAAGAUUAUGUUUUUCAAAGACGAAUACCAGAUGUGUUUGGAAUUUCAAAUUGUAACGUCCACAUUUCGACUACCUGUUGCUUGUCUAAACUCAACAUGACGGGAAUUAUUUAUAAAAAUAUCUGGGAAACAGACCCAGAACUUUUUGAAGUGAUAAAAAAUGAAAAGAAGAGGCAAGAAUCUGGACUUGAAAUGAUUGCUAGUGAAAAUUUUACAUCUCUCAGCGUACUUCAAUGUUUGAGUACUUGUCUUCAUAAUAAAUAUAGCGAAGGUCUUCCUGGUCAAAGAUAUUACGGAGGAAACGAAUACAUUGAUGAAAUUGAAUUAUUAGCACAGAAACGUUCUUUAGAAGCAUUUAAUUUAAAUCCAGAAGAAUGGGGUUGUAAUGUACAACCUUAUUCAGGAAGUCCUGCUAACUUUGCAGUUUAUACAGGUUUAAUUGAACCCCAUGGUCGCAUCAUGGGAUUAGAUCUUCCUGAUGGAGGACAUCUUACUCAUGGUUUUUUUACUUUGAACAAAAAAGUUUCUGCAACAUCAAUAUUUUUUGAAUCAAUGCCAUAUAAAGUUAAUCGUAAAACAGGUUUAAUUGAUUACGAUCAGUUGGCUGAAGAAGCAAGAUUGUUUAAACCUAAAAUUAUAAUAGCAGGUGUAUCCUGUUACAGCAGAUGUCUAGAUUAUAAACGAUUCAGAGAAAUAGCAGACGAAAAUAACGCUUAUCUUUUUAGUGAUAUGGCUCAUAUAUCUGGUUUAGUUGCAGCUGGAGUAAUUCCUAGCCCAUUUAACUAUAGUGAUGUUGUAUCUACUACUACCCAUAAAACUUUAAGAGGGCCUCGAGCUGGUAUUAUCUUCUUUCGUAAAGGAGUUAGAAGUAUUGGCAAAGAUGGAAAAAAGAUCAUGUACGAUUUGGAAGAUAAAAUUAAUCAAGCAGUAUUCCCAGGACUACAAGGAGGUCCUCAUAAUCAUGCAAUUGCAGGCAUUGCUACAGCAAUGAAACAAGUUAAGUCUCCGGAAUUUCGUCAAUAUCAGAAACAAAUUAUUGCUAACGCAAAGAGAUUGUGUUCAGGACUUCAAGAUUAUGGCUAUAAUAUUAGUACAGGUGGUACUGAUGUUCACAUGUUAUUAGUAGAUUUACGAUCUGUUGGAGUAUCAGGAGGUAAAGCAGAAGCAAUUUUAGAAAGUAUUUCUAUUGCUUGCAAUAAAAAUACAGUGCCAGGUGAUAAAAGUGCACUAAAUUGUAGUGGCAUCAGGCUUGGAACACCUGCAUUAACCACUCGUGGUUUAGUUGAAGAAGACAUUGACAAAGUCGUUGACUUCAUACAUAAAGGAUUGCAACUUGCUAAAGAAGUAUCUAAUAUUUCUGGUCCUAAGCUUGUUGAUUAUAAACGAGUAUUAAAUACUGAUGUUAAUAUUAAAACAAAGGUUGCAGCUUUAAAGGAAGAAGUUGAAACUUUUUCUAGACAAUUUCCGAUGCCUGGUUAUGAAAUAUAUUAAUAUUAUGAUAUUGAACAAUGUUUUGUUACAUUCGAUAUAGUUACAAGAAUUUGUUUUUAUCAAUUUUCUAUUACUUUUUAUAAACAGUUUUAUACAUAUUAAUUACUUACAAAAAACAUAAAUGUAUGCAUAUGUAGAUCUGAUGUGAAGUAUGUAUUUAUGUAAUAUUUUUGUAUCUAUACAUUACGUAAAAAAUACUUAUUAUGAAUACAGUAGGAAAUUAAAUACAAAAAAUCUUGUGCAUGUUGUUAGUCCAUCACGUUUAGUUCAACGCGAAGUUGGGUAGCUUAAUGAUAUUGGUAUUAACUCCCAAAUGAAUAACAAAUUAUAAGAGUUGAAUAUACAUCGUCUUUAAUUCUGAUACACAUGUAACUCGGAAGAUAGAAUUUAAUUUUAACUAUAAGUAUAUGGUGAACUCGUCAGAUGUAUUAAUCUGUUCGAUGGUUCUGUUUAACGAUUGCAGUUGUUCUGUUGCUGCUAAGACGGAAUUUCUUAUAUUAUUCAAGAAAGGGAGGAGUUAAAGAACUAGGGGUAAAAAUGUAGGAAAGGAAAAAUAUCGUGGAGUUUAAUUGGCUGUAAGGGUACAUGGUGGAAGUUGGUGGGUGUGCGAAAAAUGUCGCGUGGAAAGGGCGAAGGUACCGGUGACGUUGGUACCGGAAUGGUACCGUUAAUUUUGGGCGAGCGGUUAAAUUAGUUUAUUACUAAACUAAUUUAAAAAUCUGUCGAACGUUUUAUGGCGGAUUUAGCGACGAUGAUUUCAAAUAAUAUAAUAAUAAAACAAUUUAAAGGUUCGCCGAUGGUAGAUGUAUUGUGAUUAAUUUGAAAGAAAAUAUAUAAAGUUUUGAAAGGAAA